AUGACGCUCGCUGCCAAUCUCCGACUCCUCGCCCUCCUCUCCCUCCUCGCCGCCGCCGCCGCCCCGGACCCCGCCCCGACCCCGGCCGCCCUUCGCUCCAGGAGCAGAGCCAACCCCCCUGAGAGAGUCCCGGAGGAGGCUCCGCCCCGAGCGGCGGCCCAGGUCAUGUUCCCCAAGAACGUGACCUCGGCCGAGGCUCUGGCGCCCCCGCUGGGCGCGGCCCAAGUGUCGCCGCGGUUGAUGGACGUGUGGAUGGACGUGUGCCAGGGCUACUACGACGUGAUGGGACAGUUCGACAGCGCCUUCAACUGCUCCAAGGACACCUACAUCUACUGCUGCGGCACCUGCCACUACCGCUUCUGCUGCCCGGACCGCAACCGGCAGCUGAAGCAGGACAGCUGCAAGAACUACGACUCCCCCGAGUGGGCCAAGACCCAGCCCCCGGCCUUGGUCCUGGAGGAUGAGCCGGGCUCCGACCCGGACGUGGACCCCCUGAGGCAGCAGAGCCACUACACGGGCUUCGUUAUCGGGGGCGUGGUGGUGUUCAUGGUGGCCGUGGCCGUGGGCAUCAAGGUGGUCUUCAACAAGGUGCAACAGGAAGCCCACCAGCGAGACCUCAACAUGCCCAGGGCCCUGGUGGACAUGUUGCGCCACCAGUCCAGUCCAGUCCAGCAGGACGAGAGGAACAACAGCCUGGCUUUGGCGGUGGGAGACGGCCAGGGGACGCUGGGGAGACCUCCUAAAAACCUCUACACCUCGGGACUGCCCAGCAAGGACAACCGACUGGGGAAUGUUCAGCACAACUUCAUCCACUCGUCAGGAUCCAGCCCCAAACACACGGCGACCAUCGAACGGACGCCCCGCAUGAACAACGUCCAGCUGGCAGCGGGGGGCACCCUGCUCUCCAGCAAGCACAACAACACCAAGUCCCAGCCCGCCUUCCACCACUCGCUGCACAACCUGGCUCAGCUACCGCCCUCCUACGAGAGCGCCACCAAGCCGGAACUCAACAGAUACUCCUCGCUCAAGCGGCUCGAAAAAGGUCUGGAUGAGUACUCAUCUGGGUACUGCACCACCAAGCGGCGCCCGCAUACCGCCCAGCCGGCACUUCAGUCCUCCCAGCACCACCUCCACUGGGGCGGAGACUACACCCUCGGCGGGAGAGGCACUCUCCCCAGGCAUGCCGCCCGACCCUGGAUCCCCCCGCCGCCCUCCGGCAUGCCGGCUUCGCCCACCCCCAAUCCGUACCCGUUGGACCCCCCGGAGCCCCAGUACAACCCCAAUUACGACACCCUCUCCAAACCCCCGCGUAAGGUGAAGUCCUCCGACCAGCUGCUCAACAUGGGGGACGUCCCCGGGAACACGGGAACCUUGUCCCGCAUGUCCAAGAACCAGCAGCACCAGUACUACAAAGCCAUGGCCGCCUCUGGUAAGAACUCCAACACACAGACACUUACCCGCAAGACCCAGGACAGGCAGGACAGGCAAGACAGGCAGGAGAGGCAAGACAGGCAAGACAGGCAGGAACGUUUGCUGAUGUCCCCAGACCACUUGGAGGAGAGGAUGGGUGGGAUGGGGAUGGUGGACCCGUACGCCCACACAGGAGGGGGCGGCGUCCCCACCUUGCCUCGCCAGCAGAAGGCCCAGUCCCAGCAGAACGUGUGCGCCACCCCCUCCCUGGACCGCCACCACAUGAUCAAGAUGAACUCUCACCCGACCUCCGGCAGGGAGCAGGAGAGGAACCCGGGCAUGAGCAGCCACAUUGCCGGGGGGAUGGGCUGGGCGGGGGAGAUGCCCGGGGCAGCUGGCGUCGUCAUGGGGACGGGAACGCUGGGGGGCCACAGCGCCAGGAGGAUGGCCUUCGCGGCCAAGCGGCAGAACACCAUCGAACAGCUGCACUUCAUCCCGGGAGGGGGCGGUAGUGGUGGCGGCGGCGGCAGCGGAUCGGGGGUCAGCGGAGGGAGCGGCAGUCAGGGGAUCCGGACGGGGAGCAAAAACGAGGUGACGGUGUGA